CAUAAAAAGGGCGCUAUUUAAAUGCAAAACUGGCUAAUUCAAUAGCAAAAAGGCACGAAGCCAUGACCAAACUGAAAAGGUCAGGUUCUAUGGAUUUUGGGAAUGGCAACAUGGCUAACAUGCUUGAUGUAGCCAAAGCUCUUUGUCUAGCAUGCAAGCAAAGAAGCAAGCCAAAAAGGAGUUUCAGUCUCUUCCAAAUUAAGAGCUGUCCGUCUGAGGAGGCGUACACGGUCCGCAGGGUCAGCGCCCGCAUGGAGGGGGCGCCGGAUCCGCCCCAGCAAAGCCGCAGCGCCAGCGCAGCGCGCUCGCUGUCCGUCAACUCCGUGAGCAGCGAAGGGUCCGCGGAGAGCCAUGUCGUGGAGCAGGAGGACAUCAUCGUCCUCACACAUGACGUCAGGAGUUUCAAGGAGGCGCUGGGGAAGCUCAGGAGGAUCUUCCACCCGGAAAGAGACAAAACUGAGACGAUGCGUGUUGCCGCCCACGAGCGCCUGGGGGAGGUACUACGCAUUUUGCGUAGCAUCCUGGAAAAAUAUCCUCCAAUACAAUCUACGGAGCUGCUCAUGACUGCUGGAACGCUGAUCCAACAAGUGAAAGGCUACAACUACGAAGAUGAAAAAUCCGAUCCUUCAAAUUUUUUUGAUGCCAUUGACCAACUGGCCUUAGCUUUCAGCAGCAGAGUCUCCGAAUAUUUGAUGGGUGAUUUGGAUAGUUCAUCUCAACCUGUACCAAAAACUAGAUCUUGUGAUAAUUUAUUGCCAACUGAAGGUGAAUGUGAUCCUUUUGCAAGAGAUAAAAGAUUUACUACAACCCUUCCUCCUGAAGAAAUUGAUGCUAGAUUAGCUAGGCUUAAUGAUGGGGUUGAUCUUGCUUUAAGAAGAGCAAAAGUCUGGUCAAAGUAUGCAAAGGAUGUCAUGACCUAUAUAGAAAAGCGCUGCAGUGCAGAGGCUGAACAUGCCAAAAAUCUAGUCAAGUUGGCACAAACAAUGAGGCCGAUAUUAAAGGAAGAAAGCUUCCUGCCCUUUCAGUCCAUCUACUACAUGGCAUUAGACCAGGAUUAUGACAAUGGGCAAACAAGUCUGAAAACAUGUGCUGUUCUUCAAGGACAUAAAUUUAUUGAACCUCUAACUGCUAGGAGGAAUGAACAUGAAAGGUACAGAAAGCAAAUCAAAGAAACAUGGCAUAGAGAGCUCAAAAGAAUGCAUGAGGCCAUUACGAAUCUUCGGAAGGCUAAAGCCCUGUACUUUCAACGGCAACAAGAAUAUGAAAAAGCAAAAGACUCUGCCCUUCGAGCCGAAAGCAAUGAGGGGUUAGAAACCAGUAAAGUGGAUAAGAAGAGGAAAGUCGAGGACGAUGCAUUGCAGAAAGCCAUGGAAGCAGAAACAACAUACAAAACCUGUGUUUUAGAAGCAAAUGAACGACAACUUGCGUUGGAAAAAGUGAAGGGUGAAGUACUUCAGCAGGUUCGAGAGUUGAUUUAUCAAUGUGAUCAAACUAUGAAAGCUGUAACUGUUGGAUACUUUCAACUCCAGUCUACUUUAUCUGCUCAUGCACCUGUUCAGUUUCAAACUUUGUGUGAAAGUAGUCGCUUGUAUGAACCUGGAACACAAUACAUGGAGUUUGUUAAAAGAUUACCCCAACCCACUGGUUCCACCUCUAAUGGAACUAGCAGAUUUACUUUUGAACCUUAUUCCUCUGAUAAUAGACUUGACAAAGCUAGAAGAUCUAAUGGAUCCACAGAAAGCAGUGAAGAUAUUCUAAGUCAUAAUUAUUUGGAGUCAAGAUAUUCAUCAGACAGCAAAGAGAAAAUUAAAGUCCAGCAACCUGUUAAAGCUUGGGGCUCUCCCACCCAACCAACUGGAGGGAGCGAUUCUGACAGUAUGAGUAGUUGUCCUAGCAACAAAUCUCAAGACACAAGUCCAGCUGCCAGUCCUCAUAUUUCUGGCAGAAAAAUAGUUCAUGUUUCAUCUGGUGAUGAACUAGAAACUGAUCAUGAUAAUGUUGAUGCAUUUGGACAAACUAGAAGGCCAUGCAUGUCCAAAGCCGCUGAAACUCAUACAUUUAGACGGUUAAAAACACCUUCUAGAUGUCGAGAAUGUGAUUCUUAUGUAUAUUUCCAUGGAUUUGAAUGUUUUGAAUGCGGUCUUGCUAGUCACAAAAAAUGCCUCGAAUCAUUAGCCAUACAGUGUGGGCGAAAAAGGUUGCCUCGGAAGAUGACAACUUUUGGAGUAGACUUAACCACGCAUGCAAAUGAAUCUGGUGAAGAGAUACCUUAUAUUGUAAAUAAAUGUAUAGCUGAAGUAGAAGAGAAAGGAUUUUGUUUAAAAGGUAUUUAUCGGGUUUCUGGUGUUAAGUCUAAAGUUGAAAAAUUAUGCCAGAGCUUCGAAAAUGGUGCUGAGUUAGUAGAUUUGGAUGGUGUUCAUCCAAAUGUUGUUUCAAAUGUUUUAAAGCUCUACUUAAGACAGCUCCCUGAACCUCUCCUAACAUAUCGCCUGUAUCCAGAUUUCAUCAAAGUGGCCAAGAACUAUCCUGCUCAGAAAGAUGCAAACAUUGCUUCCCAUGGAGCAGUUGAUGAUUUACGCAAGCUUGUACAGCGCCUUCCAUCUGUUCAUCACUCCACUCUAGCUUGUCUGAUGCAUCACUUACACAGGGUUUCGGAACACUCCGACCACAACAAUAUGCCUCCAAGUAAUUUGGGUAUUGUGUUUGGUCCUACUCUGUUACGAACAAGUGAAGGCAGUGCUUCCUUGAGCUCCUUGGUUGAUACAGUUCAUCAAACUCGAGUCAUAGAAUUAUUGAUAACACAUGCUUAUGAUAUUUUUGGUCCUUGUGCCAAAUUAUCUUCUAGUCAAAAAGAUGAAUCUUGUUUAUACAAAGGGAAAGCAAAGUCAGUUAGGUACAGAGCAGGAGCAAAACAGUCAUUAAGUCGCACUGUAUCUGGUUCAAGCCAGGCAAGUGAUCUUGAAGAACAUCAUUGCUCAGAAUCUGAUCACCGCAGGGAUGGGUUAGUUGACUUGGAUGACUAUUCUAUACCAGAAUUUCUACAGACAAUCAAAAAUCAAGAAUUCGACUCAUCUCAUCAAAGCUCUGACGUUACACAUUCUUCAGAUGAUCUUCUAUAUUCAAAUCUACUGUCAGAUGAUGAUUUUCCGGAAAUAUCACUUUCUGAUGAUUCUGUUUUCAAAAAGUCUCUUCAGCAAUACAGUUUACACCAGUACUCUGACACAAAACCUAAUGGUGAGAUAAAACAAGGACAGACUACAGUUCACAUGAAAGUUCAAGAUACAAGAGCUUCUCUUUCUUCCUCCCCUGCUGUUUCAGAAGCAAGUCAUUGCAGUUCUCUUUUAAGGUCAACAGAUGAUGAAUCCAUUUCUGAUGCAGCUUGGAGAGAAGGUGCUUUCCCUGUUCCACCACCCAGAAAAAAUGCCCCCGCUAAUCUUCAGCUAAACCAGAGCUUCUUGCAUGGAUCAUUAGAGCAGAAACAAGGCCCAUCUUCCAUGUCUGAAUCUUCGGGUGUGUCAUCAGCUGCCUCAACUAGUCCCACUGGGGCAAUUGAUACUGGUCAGGGGGAUUCCAACAACCUUUAUACCUCCACUGCCAUUGUCACUUUGGCUGGGCAAAAGAGUCCAUCUCAAGGUUCCAGAGCUUCCACUUCCUCGAUGACAGCCGAACUUCGCCGCCAAUUCUUUGAUCUACCUCCACCUCCUCCCACUGGGACACCACCACUUUCGUCCAGGAGCAAUGUCCAGUCUGAGAUUGUAAAGUGCUCUUCCGAAUCUAGCAAAGAAAGUGGGUGUUCUAGUGCAUCAUCAGCUGACUGUUCUGCUGCGUGCUUGAAAAGUGCGUAUUCGGAAGGGAUUUGUGAAAGUCCUGGCUGUAAAAGAGAUUCAGAAUCCUGUUCAUGUGAAGGAAUGCCUGGCCGAUUUAGAGGAUCUAGUCUUUCCUAUGCAUCGUCUAUGGCUGAUGCAAUUUCUUCUAAUGCUUUACCAGGAAAAGAAGAUAGAUCAAGUUCAUGUGCAGAAGCAUUUUACUCCAUGAAGCUAGAAGCUUCCACCGGAAGGUUCCAAAAUGAAAAUGCUUUCAGUACAUCUAUGGAAUCAAGUUACGCGGCCGACUGCCAAUCAUUCUACACCAAGAAUGAGAGAUUUGAAAGAAUGGAAUUAGAUGGUCGGAACAGGACAGAAGUGUUAUCAAUGAGACAGGUAAUGCAAAAUGCCGAUGUGCCUCCUAGAGAGGUUAUGGUUCGGGACUUAGAAUCUCUGACUUCAAGUUCUGUCAUCGGAAGCAAAGGCUACAUCGAGGCAACAAUGUCAACUGGAAGUUACGCCUCUGAUUGUCAAGUAAUUGAUAGGACAGUUCGGGGCAGUGAAAAGCUAUCUCCUAAUCGUCAGCCACGUUUUGUUUAGAACCUUUAUUGUGCAAAGUUCCCUGUGAAAGUGUAGUUAGAGUGUUGUAAAUAUUUUACCGUAUGCUUGCAUACAAUUCAGUAUUUGUGUAGUAAAAAUGCUGCCAAUGUGCCAGAGAUGCAUUAUGUGAAUACCUCAUUUGUACAGCAUCAAAAGUCAUACCAAAAAAUGAACACUUUAUUCUGAAAAGUAUGAAUAAAUACUGGAGAUAACAUA